AUUCAAAUUGAUUCAUUAUCUUCUUCACCUCACUCAACAUACACAGUAGAGAGAGAGAUAUAUAUAUGACAGGAAUGGUGAUGGUGAGAAAGGAUGGUGUUGGGAGUGGUGGUAGUGGAAAGGGAACAAAGGGAGCUGAAGAGCAAAACCAGCUAUCUCUAAUUGGAUUUCUUUUGGCAGCUCUGAGAAAAUCCAUGGUCUAUUGCGAUGUAGAUCGACGGGAGGACGUCAUCUCCACCGUUAAUCACAUGGAAAUCGGGUGGCCCAUGAAUGUUCAACACAUCACCCAUGUCACAUUCGAUCGCUUCAAUGGCUUCCUGGGUCUUCCCGUUGAAUUCCAAGUUGAGAUCCCCUGUAGAGUCCCCAGUGCCAGUGCAAGCGUGUUUGGUGUCUCAGCAGAAUCGAUGCAGUGUUCUUAUGAUUCGAGAGGCAACAGUGUCCCUACAAUUCUCUUGCUCAUGCAGGAGAGAUUAUCCUCACAAGGAGGUCUUAAGGUGGAAGGAAUUUUCCGUAUAAACCCUGAGAACAGCCAAGAGGAGCAUGUCAGGAACCAGUUGAACAGAGGCAUUGUGCCAAAUGACAUUGAUGUCCAUUGUUUGGCAGGUCUCAUCAAAGCCUGGUUUCGAGAGCUGCCUUCGGGUGUGUUAGAUGGUCUGUCCCAGGAACAAGUUUUGCAAUGCAACACGGAGGAGGAGUCCAUUGAGCUCAUGAAGCAGCUAAAACCAACCGAGGCAGCGUUGCUCAAUUGGGCAAUUGAUCUUAUGGCUGAUGUCGUAGAGCAAGAGGAAUCCAACAAAAUGAAUACUAGAAAUAUCGCCAUGGUUUUUGCUCCAAACAUGACUCAGAUGUCUGAUCCAUUGACGGCCCUGAUGCACGCUGUCCAAGUAAUGAACUUGCUCAAGACCCUGAUCAUGAAAACACUAAGAGAACGCAAUGGGACUGCAAGUGGUGAAUACUCACCCAUGUCCUCUCAUUAUUCUGAUCAGCAAACUGGUGAGGAAUUUGAUAGCCAGCAGGAGAUGGAUAGCAGCUGUGAGUUGAGGGGUCCAUUAUCGGAUUACGAUGAUCAUGCCCAUUACAGCUACUGUAGUGAAGAUGAAGUCGAAGAUGAGUACGAGUCAAGUGAGAUAGAGAAAUGUUUCUUGAGACAAUUGAACGAGUGUGACAAGUCCCAAAAUAUUUCACUAGAAGAUUCAGUAAGAGAUGAGCAGAAAGAGCAUGUGAGUCCCAGGAAAGACUUUAUUUUCAAAGGAAAAUGUAGUGUUCCAUUAUCUGAUACGAAAACUGGGAGUUCUGGUUUGAGCACAAGUGAUGGAGAAGACUCAGUAGCAAGCAUGAUUGUUCUUGGACGGAAGGACAACACGUUAAUCUCAUCAAAAAGAUAUGAAAACACCAAUGGAGUGGAGGUGGUAGACACCACCAAGGUGUCUGCUUCUCCUAUGCCUUCACUUGGUGUCCGGUAAAUCUGUUCGAGAUUUCAUUUGCAAAUUUGGUGGAGGUGGUACCUCUUUUGCAGACUUCAGAUUUCCCUCUACAGUCAUGGUGAUUUUGUUUUGGAAGCUAUAGCCAUGGUAAAUUGCUUCUGUAAAUUGAUGGUGUUUGUGUGUUUGGCAUUGGUUGUCUAACAGCGGAUGUGAGUGGUUUGCUUGUGAUUGAUUUUCAUUCCUUGUUCAGCUUAUGGCUGGACCUGUGUUCUUUUGUAAUUUAGUGAUUCACCUCACCGGCGACCAUUUUAGAAUUGCAGUUGUCCUAAAAAAAGAAAAAGAAAAGGCAACUGAAGGAUUUUUAACUUUGACCACUUUACAUAUGAGAUGUGUUCAAAUUUCCAGUUGCUUAUGUUACUUUGCUCGACAUUCAUUCUUAGUUUACCAAGGUUGAAAGUAAUUUAAAGUGACAAGUUUCAAACUGGAAUCUGUAAACCUAGGUUUAACAGCAUAUGACACUAUGCAUCCUCUUAUUGAUUGAUAAACAAACUGCAAAAGCCAAAUGAAUUGUGUGCAAUUUACAUAGACUUUAACAAUUUAAAUGUUUUAUAAACAAAAUAAUGAAAGUUAAGUAUAAACAGGAAAUUGAUUGCCCAAAAGUGGUCUUUACAUUUCUUGAACACCAAAAAGAUACUAAAAAGAGACAAAAAAAAAAAAAAAAAAAUACAAAA